UUUAAAAAAAGAGAACCGGCAAACAAACGGGCGCCUCUGUCUCUCUCUCUGUGUCACAGAACAGAAAGAAAGAUUUUUUCAUUAAUCAGCCAUGGCGAAGGGUUGUACUACUACUGCUAACUCUUACGAAGAAGCAAGGAAGAAACAAAUCGAAGAUAACGAGAAACGACUUCAGGAACUGGGUAUUGCAAAGGUGACUAAAUGUCUAUCAGAGGUCAUUAACAUGGAAAAGCAGUCUACGGCAAAAAAACAAGCAAAACCUAGAGUCAGGAAGACUCCUGCAAGCCCUGUUGAAGUGAGACGCUCUUCACGUGAACGGAACACGGUUUCGUACAAGGAAGAGUUCGUUGAUGACCAUUUGCGGGGAAAUAGGUUUAGAUCAAGCUCAUCGUUGAAUACAAGCUACUUAGCGAGGCCACUCGAAGAAAUAAAAGUUCCUACCUAUGAGCAACGAUCUGAUACAAUGGAGCGUGCUGGGAUCUUUCGAAAUGAGCUAAAGCGGAAGUCUGAAUACCCAUCUUGUGUCAAAUCGAUGGUUCGAUCUCAUGUAUACAGCUGCUUUUGGCUGGGUCUUCCAAAAGAAUUCUGCGACAGCCACCUUUCCAUGGAUUGCGAAAAAUGGGAGAUGGUGUUAGUGGAUGAGAAAGGCAUAGAGUAUGACACAAUCUACAUUCCGAAAAGAACAGGUCUUAGCGGUGGGUGGAAAGCUUUUGCCCUUGAUCAUAAAUUGGAUGACGGGGAUGCAGUGGUAUUGGAGCUUACUGAGCCAGCGAGAUUCAAGGUCUACAUAUUUAGAGUGUCUGAUAAGUGGGGUGAUAACUGGGGUGACGUUAAUGCUGCAGAAGUAAAGAAACCAAGUUUCGAGGAUUCUACUAAUGAGAAUACAAGUGAAGAAAAGAUUGUAGAGAGCAAAGCUGAAGGAAGAAGAACCCGUAAUGCAAAGAGAGUUAAGAAGUCUGAUGCAGAUGACAGUGUGAGCGAGGAAGAGGAUACUGUAAGGAGAACCCAUAAUUCAAAGAGACUUAAAAAGACUGAUACAGACAGCGGGGAUUUUGCUGGCAGUAUGCUUGAGGAAAAGGCUGUUGUAGAAACCAGAGCUAGAGGAAGAACCCGAAAUCCUAAGGUAGUUAAGAAAUCUGAUACAAAUGAUGCAGAUGUUGAUGAGAACAGUAGUGAAGAAAAGGAAGAAAAGGAUGUAGUAGGUGAUCCAAAAGCUACAGGAAGAAGAACCCGCAAGUCACAGAGAGUUAUGAAGUCUGCAACAGCUGAUUAGUGCAAGUGAAGGGGAUGAGAGCUUUUGCAUAACUUGCUCUAGUUAAAGAAAAAAAAUCAACUGCACAGGUUUUAGCACAGUAACAUCGCCAUCUUAAUGUGUAUAUGAAAUAUUGUUAUUUAGUAGUAGCUCUAGGAUAGAUGGUCAGGUCAAGCUACUGCUUUUUUUUUUUUUUUUUUUGAAGAAGUAGAAGUUAGAAUUUCCAAUGCUUUUAAUGAUAUUAUAUCAGUGGUUUCGAAAGCAAUAGCCUAAGUUUAUUUUAUGAUAACCUUAUUACGUCUUAUU